AGUCCCACCUCCUUCCAUUGUGAAGGCCACGGAAGCUCGGUUGCCCCUGCCAUUCACCGAAGCCCGGCCCCUCCAACGUACGGAGGGUACGUCCCUCCCGCUGCUCCCUGCGCAGCCGAAGCCGCGGGCUUUCCCAGGCUCUCCCAGCCGCCAAAUCGGACAGGGACGGAUCUUAGUGAUCCGAGAUCUACUAGUACGGUCUAGGUGGCCGCCGGGCCACGCCCCUCCGCGCCGCGCGUGGGACGCCCGGAGUUUCCGCUCCCGCUCCCGGCUGCGCUGAGAAGGUGCUCCUCCCCCAAGUCCCAUCGCGCGCGUUGGCUGCGCGCGUGACUCCGCCACGAUGAAUGGAACCGUGAUCCCGCACACGCCCAUCGCCGUGGACUUGUGGAACCUGCGUCGGGCGAGCUCCGCGCGCCUCUUCUUCCUGACCCACCUGCACGCGGAUCACACGGAGGGUCUCUCCAGCACGUGGGCGCGACCCCUCUACUGCUCCCCGCUCACGGCGCGCCUUGUGCGCUGCCGCCUGCAAGUGUCCCCGAAGUGGAUCCGCGCCCUGGAGGUAGGCGAGAGCCACGUGCUGCCCUUAGACGAGAUGGGACACGAGACGGUGACCGUGACCCUGAUGGACGCCAACCACUGCCCGGGCUCAGUCAUGUUCCUUUUCGAAGGCUAUUUCGGAACGAUCCUGUACACUGGGGACUUCCGUUACAGCCCCUCCAUGCUGCAGGAGCCUGCCCUGAGACCCGGGAAGCAGAUCCACACGCUUUACCUGGACAACACCAACUGUGACCCGGCCCUGGUGCUGCCCUCCCGCCAGGAGGCCACCCGGCAGAUUACAGACUUGAUCCGCAGGCAUCCACAGCACGACGUCAAAAUUGGUCUCUACAAUUUGGGCAAAGAGUCCCUCCUGGAACAGCUGGGUCUGGAGUUCCAGACCUGGAUAGUGCUAAGUCCUCGGCGGAUGGAGGUGGUCCAGCUGAUGGAGCUGGCAGAUGUGUUCACUCUCGAGGAAGGGGCUGGCCGCAUCCAUGCUGUGAAUUGUGCUGAGAUUUGCUGGAGUGCCAUGCUGCAGUGGAACCAAAUUCAUCCGACUAUUGCCAUCCUACCCACAAGCCGGAGAAUCUCUUUCUCCCACCCUGGGAUUCAUGUGGUUCCUUAUUCUGAUCACUCCUCCUUCUCUGAGUUGUGUGACUUUGUGUCUGCACUGAAGCCUUGCCGGAUAGUGCCUAUUGUCCAAGGAAGACCUUGUCAGCAUUAUUUUCAGGAAAGCCUGAGUCCCCAGCUACUCCUUGAGCCCCAGGUGCCUCUAUCUGUGCAACAAUACAUGGGGACCUCUUGGAACACCCCAAAAGCAUGGGGCCGUGUUUGCUUACUGGAGAGAGAACCCAAGAGGCCAAAGACCCAGGGUGUUGUCUUUGAGUCACCUGAGAGAGAAUCUGAUCCACCUCAAACUUUGAGAGAUUGCAAGAGACUUAAGGGGGGGAACCUUUUCCCCCAGCAUAGGGAUAAUCAGAAAGAGCCCAAUCUCCCUGCUUCACAUGCCAAGGAACAGCUAGGAGAAUCCAACAGUGAGAAUGAAGGGGAUUGGUCGAUACCAUUCUCAUCAGACAAAGCGUUGCAGAUAGAGAAGGCUUCCUUGACUAAAGACUUGGGACACCUGAGACCUGUUAGUCAAGGAGACAUCCCUAAAGAACUGAGGAAGCAGAGAAAUUUGGGACCUCAGCAUGUUGGUUGUAGAGAAGAUUGUGGGCCCAGUACCAGCACCAGCAAAGCCUUGAAGGUGCAGGCCCCUGGGUCCUGGGACCUGGCACUAAAAUACCUCCUAACACCCCUGAACUUCCUCCAAAUGAAAUAUUCCUCAAGGAAUUUUGACCAGCAAGUGGAAAAAUAUUUUAGGAGUAUGGGUGGGGCUACCCAUUUGGAGCUCUUCUCACAACAUAGAUGAAAAACAAAAAUGAACCUUUUAUGUUUCCCUUGUUCUUUUUGCAUCUCAGAGUGAAGUGUUUGAGAGUUGAUGGAAUGAAGAGGCCCAAUUUGGGGCCCUCUUGACCUACUAUACCUAACCUCAGACUGCUGUAGGCCUUGUAGAGCAGCGGUCUAGCUCACCAGGGUACCCAGAGGAUUGGUCUGAGUUGACAAAUGCCCCCUCUUUCCUGCUUGUCUUCUCUAUUGCUCCCCUCUCAUCAUUCCCCUCAUUCUGCUUUUGUGCCAUGAGCAUCAUCAGCCAUGUCCCCCAGAGGAUCAGGGUGAGGAGCAAGAAGAGAGUAGGGAAUGGGGAGAAGCACGACAUAAAUAGCAGUCCUGACAAUCACUCACAUACUGUGACUUUAGCCAGUUUCCCAUCUUGGGGCCUCUGGGAGGGAGCAGGAAACAAGGGAGAGUCCAAGAACCAACUUGAUGGGAAUUCCACUCUUUCCUCCUCCUCCUCCUGCUCCUGCUCAUGGGAUUCAAUCAGGCUUAUUGCUGACCUAUCUCUUGGAGCUCAGCCAGGUGUAGGACCCCUACCGUAAUUAGCGUUUGCACUCAGCCAACCAUUGGGAUUGGGGGUGCACUGCAGAAAUGAGCCUUCCUUUGGGGGCUACCCAGUUCUGCUGAAGCCCCUGGCCAUUUGGCAGGGAUGAAGUUGCAAGAGACCAAAUGUCCUGCCAGAUGUUCCUCCGGUUUGCAUAGCUGGGAUGUUUGCUGCCCCCCCCCCUCCUCCACUUCCCCCCUAGCCUCUUGGGUUGAGCAAGGAGGCCAAGCACACAGCCUGUUUGUUUUAGUUUCCAAGGAAGAAACCAUGGAGCCAGCUGGCUAGAUGUGAGGGGGGUGCAGUUCUGCCCUGGCCUUCUGCUAACACCUCAACUGAAUGCCAGGCCAGCCAGCUUGCUGGGCAGGAUAGAUCAAAUGUGCAGGACCCGGCUAUUGCUGAGCUUCUGGACACAGAUAAAAACUGUUCUGGGGGGUGGGGGGAGCUCAAGCCCCUGUUCCAUACAAGACAAAAGAAACUCUCUAGAGGAAGAUGUGAUGAAUUUAGAAUUGAGAGACAUACAUAGUAUUGAUAAUAUUUAUUCCACUUCAGUGCAUAGAGCCUUCUGAUACUGCAGGCUCCAGAAGUGGUUCCUGGUCUAAUUGUGAACAUUAGACACAGGAACAUAACAAAUACAAAUGUAUGCAAUGAGAGACAAAUGUAUGCAAUGAGAGCUAAUUGUAUAAACACCAGGGGGAGGAUAGGAUGUUCUUGUAGUUGAAAUAAAUAACUUUAUUGAAGGCACAUUUCUGACUUUUGAGGCACUGAAGUUGCUGUAGUGUGGGAUUCAAGGUGGCUGGGAUGAUAAGGAUGUCCCUUCUAUGUAGGGUUCCUGCAAGCAGGCUUAUCUCCUAUUACUAAGAAGGGCCUCAUGGACUGUAGAGUUGUGGUUGUGGUUUUUUCAAGUAUUUUGAUAAUUUGAAAAUAAACACAUAAAUAAUA